CGCAGCCAAUCAGAGCCGUCCGUGAUUUUCAAACCGGCGGCGCGCGGGCGGAGGCGGGGCCGGACCGGACACCGAGAGCGGGCCUAGAACAAGGCCGAGACCAACCGGGAGCGGGCCCGAGACCGACCGCAGCCGGAGUCGAGACCCAGAUAAAGACCGGGAGCAGGGCCGGGCCCAUUCCCGGACCAUGCAGCGCGCCAAGACCCCCGCCGCGCAGAAGCGGCCCCGGCGCACCCCCCUGCAGGAGCUGCAGCUUCAACCGGGGUCUGACCGGACCAGCCUGACCCCGCUGCUCCGCCGGCUGCGGCUCAAGGACCAUGACUGCGCCACCCCAGUGUCCUGUGCCCGGGGACCCCGCAGCAGCGUCACCGCAGUGCCUUUCACCCCAGGACCCCCCCGGAGUGCCACCCUGGGCCCCCCCAGCAGCACCACCCCAAUGCCUUGCACCCCAGGGCCCCCCAGCAGCACCGCUUUGGAGCCCACCAGGACCUCAGAGCUCCUCGAGACUCCCAUCCUUAAGGAGGGUGGCUCUGAGGCCCCCAGCAAUCCCACCCUUAUGCCUGCUGCCCUGGAGACCCCCAGCAGCAUCAGCCCAGAGGCCCCUAGCAGUCCUAUCCCAGUGUCCAGCAUCCCGGAGCUCCCUGAAAACACCGUGCCAGCCUCUGUGUGCAGCUCCAUCCCAGUGCUCAGCAUCCCGGAGCUCCCCAACAGCACCAUACCAACCUCCCUAUGCAGCUCCAUCCCAAUGCCCAGCACCGCAGAGCCCUCCAGCAGCACUGUGCCAGCCUCUGUGUGCAGCUCCAUUCCACGGCCCAGCAUCCCGGAGCUCCCCAGCAGCACUGUGCCAGUCAUCUUGGGCAGCUCCAUUCCAAAGCCCAGCACCUCAGAGCCCCCCAGCAGCACCAUACCAACCUCCCUGUGCAGCUCCAUCCCAGUGUCCAGCACCCCAGAGCCCUCCAGCAGCACCAUACCAACCUCCCUGUGCAGCUCCAUCCCAAUGCCUAGCACCCCAGAGCCCCCCAGCAGCACCGUGCCAGUCGCCUUGGGCAGCUCCAUCCCAAUGCCCAGCACCCCAGAGUGCCUUGAGAACACUGUGCCAGUCUCCCUGUGCAGCUCCAUCUCAGAGCCCUCCAGCAGCACCAUGCCAGUCUCCUUGUGCAGCUCCAACCCAGUGCCCAGCACCCCAGGGCCCUCCAGCAGCCUCAUUCCAGUGCCCGUGUGCAGCUCCAUCCUAGGAUCCAGCACCCCAGAGUGCCCUGAGAACACCAUGCCGGUCUCCCUGUGCAGCUCCACCCCAGUGCCCAGCACCCCUCAGUCCCCUGGCAGCACCACCCCAGGGCUCCCYAACAUCAUCAGCUCUGUGUCCUGCAACCCAAACUCCCCAGGCAGCUCUGCUCUCCCCCGCUGCAGCUCUGCAUCCCCUGGCAAUGCCAGCACAGCCUCCUGCACCCCAGGGCCCCCUGGCACCAGCUCCACCCCGCAGAAAGCUCCUUUCCAUGGGUGGCGAGCAGCACCUCCAGACUUUUCCUGCAGCCCUGUGGUCUCUGAGCCCCCAUCUGCAGAUGGGAGUGCUGGUCCUCUGCCUUGCCAAGGCACCYCUGAGGGAGCAGAGUCUCCUGCCCCUGUCCCCCCAGAGCAGAGCCCAGCUGGCCUCCCUCCCAUUGAGGCAAAUGGGUUGGAGCCURCUGGGUCAGAAGCCAUUGUCACCUCUGUCACAUCACCUGAAUCCACCCUGGGGGCUGUGUCCUGGAUGUUGCCACUGGUGUGGCUGGAGAAGACCCUCAACACCUCGUUCCUGGUGGAAUCCCUGCAGCACAGCCUGCCCCUCCACAAGCCACAGCAGGAUGCCAGCAGCAGUGUCGGCACCAGCACAACCCCAGUGUCCACUACAGCCUUUGGAACCAGCAUAACCCCGGUGUCCAUCAUUGCCACGGGCACCAGUAUGAGCCCAGUGGCCACCAUGGCCACUGGCACCUUCAUGACACCUCGGGAUGUGUGGGAGAGGAGCAUGAACACAUCCAGGGGAAGCCUCCCCUCUGCCAAGGACAACGCUGCUGAAACGGACUCCCUGCUCUGGCACUGUCCCCGGGAGCAGCUGAAGGCCCUGCCACGGGCGGAGCUGGAGGGGCGGCUGGAGAGCACCCUCAUCAUCAUCGAAGCCCUGUCGCUGCAGCUGCGUCACUUGCAGGACAGCCAGCGGCCAYGCUCCGGUGUGGGGCCGGCCGAGCAGAGAAACGCGCUCACACAGACCGACAUCACCCUCCCCAAAGGGCACACCUGGAACAGCCAGUGCCUCCUGUCCCAGGUCCCCACGGGUCCUGCCUUUCAGAGCCUGCAGGAUGAGCAGGGAGCCCUCCUYCCUCAGCAGGAGCAGCAGAGGACCCUGGUGUCCCAGUGCCUGGCUGUGCCUGAGAGUGCUCCCAGCAAGCUGCAGAGCUGCCUGGAAGARCGGGAUGCCGUGAGGCAGCGAGUGGAUGAGGCCCUACGAACCAAGGAGCAGGGAUCUCUCUUCCUGGAGGCUUUCUGUGCCCGUGUCAGCGCCCACCUCCGUGCCCGUGACGAGAGCCUGGCCUCGCAGCAGGAGCUGAGCACGCUGCUGGCCCAUGUCACCAACCUGCGGACAUCCCUGUCUGCUCAGGCUCAGUCUUUCCGCGAAUUCUUAAAURGCAUCUUUGAAAAUCUGGAGAAGGAUAGGAGAGCCUUGGAUGAGGAGCGGGAGCGGGUGAACGCCCUGGCGUCCCAGUCCCAUGCCAUACUGGAGCAAGUGCCUGGCAAGCUGCAGAGCUGCAUGGAGGAGCUGGCUGCCACUCAGGAGCGAGCACAGGAGGCUCUUCAAGCCAAGGAGGAGGCRUCCUGCCAACUGCAGAAGACCUUGGUGGCUUUGCAGGACGCAGAGGCUCAGGUGGAGCAGCUGACAGUGUCCAACUCACGCCUGGGCAAAGACCUGAGCUCCGUGAUGAUCAAUCUGGCCAGUGUGGAGCAGGAGCGGGACGCGCUGCAGCAGGAGAACGAGAAGCAGUGGGAGGAGAUGGCCCAGCUGGCUCAGGAGAGGAACAGCCUGCAGCAGGAGUGCAAGGAGCUGUGCCAGGAGCUGCGGGAGGCCACCGAGUGCCGGGAGUUCCUGGACCAGGAGAACCAAAUGUGCCGCACGCAGCUGCUGGAGGUGGAGGCCAGGCUGAACUCCACGCAGGCCACGCUGCAGGAGCGUGUCCUGCAGCACGAGGAGCUGAUGGAGUCCCAYCAACGCCUGCGGGAAGAGCAGGCCGCCCUCAGYAAGGAGCUGAACAGCACCAAGGCCGAGCUGCUCAACCUGCAGACAAAGAGGAACAAAGUUUCAUGGUGCUCCACGGACAUYGUGGAGAGCAAGAUGCGGCUGCAGGAGCUCGCUGACUGCCUCAAGGCUGCUCUGGAAGAGCAGGAUGACGAUGAUGAUGCUGCUCCAUCAAGAAGCAAAGCCUGGACACCGGCCCCCCGGACCCCAGGCUGGCAGACCCCACGCCGCCCCUGGACCCCGGCCUUCCGCACCCCUGCGUGCCACACCCCACACCGUGCCGGCAGCUCCUUCGUGGGCAGCGUCCUGAAGGCAGUGGCGGGGAAAGAUGCCAACGAAACCACCAGAAGUGAGGGUGCAGUUSCCAAGGACAGACUUGCAUCCACACCAAAGCCCAUAGAUCCUGAGGAUGCUCUGCUGGAGAGCGUGAAGGAGCUGAGAUCUGUGGUCUCCAACCUCGCCAUGCUGAGCUGCCGCAUCCARGAACUGGAGCAGAGCGAGUUCAGGGCACUGCGGACAGAGAUCUCUGAACUGCAGCUCCGCCUGGAGACGGUGACAGCCGAGAGUGAGGAGACGGUGGACGCCCAGGCUGCCACCAUUGCCAAACUGAACAAGGUGCUGAGGACCAAGCUUGAGAACGAGAAGGAGCUGCAGGACGUGGUGAAACAGCAGGAAGAGAAGAUGUUGCAACUCAUCGACAAGAGCGGGGAAGUCACGAGGCUGAAGGCAGAGGUCUCCCAGCUGAAGCGUUCGCUCCAGCGCGCAGAGACGGAGGCCAAGGUGCUGUGGGAGGAGAUGCGGAGCAAGGAGCACCAAGUGGACACUGCCUAUGUCCAGGAGCGGGUCAUGCUGCGGCGAGAGGUGGAUAAACUGCGGCUGCUGCUCCUGGAGAAAGAGGAUGAGAAUCUGCGGCUCACUGACAAGUACCUGGAGCAGGUCCGAGGGCUGGAGGUGAAACUCCAUCAAACCCAGAAAGUGCUGAAGACCCACGAGGAGAUGCUGGAGAAGAUGAAAGAGGUCCUGUCGGCUGUCCCCGAGGAGGCUCUGGGCUGCCAGGAGCUCCAGAGCCUGUUGUGCUACCUGGGCCUGAAGCCAGCCAGCAAGGAAGCUGCUGAGCCGCUGUAGCCUCUAGCCUGAAACCUUUCCUGUUGUUAAUGUUGUAAUUAUUUAUUGAAUAAAGUUGUGUUGGCUUUUA